AUGACCGACACCGUAGUCAGCAGCAGCGCCAACCGUUGGAUGUGUCCCAGUGACCGACCCCUUCAAUCCAAUGAUAAAGAACAGCUCCAGGCAGGGUGGUCCGUCCACCCUGGUGGUCAGCCCGACAGACAGAGGAAGCAGGAAGAGCUGACAGAUGAGGAGAAGGAAAUCAUCAACAGGGUGAUCGCACGGGCUGAGAAAAUGGAAGAGAUGGAGCAGGAGCGGAUCGGGCGCCUGGUGGACCGUCUGGAGAACAUGAGGAAGAACGUGGCCGGGGACGGGGUGAAUCGCUGCAUACUGUGUGGAGAACAGUUGGGGAUUCUGGGCUCCGCCUGCGUAGUGUGUGAGGACUGUAAGAAGAAUGUCUGCACCAAGUGUGGGGUGGAGACCUCCAACAACCGCCCACAUCCCGUGUGGCUUUGCAAAAUCUGCAUCGAGCAGAGGGAGGUGUGGAAACGUUCUGGAGCGUGGUUCUUCAAGGGCUUCCCCAAGCAGGUCCUCCCACAGCCUAUGCCCAUAAAGAAGACCAAGCCCCAGCUGCCUGUCAGUGAGCCUGCUGCCCCUGAGCAGCCCGCCUCUGAGCCCAAACACACUGCCCGGGCUCCAACUCGAGGUGACGCCGAAGACAGGAGGGGCCCAGGUCAGAAGCCAGGCCCUGACCCGGCCUCUGCUUCUGGGCGAGGAAGCUACGGGCCUCCCGUGCGCAGGGCCUCCGAGGCACGAAUGAGCUCGUCCGGCCGGGACUCGGAGAGCUGGGACCAGGGCCAUGGCGCCACUGCUGGUGACUCCAGCCGGAGCCCAGCAGGUUUGAGACGAGCCAACUCAGUCCAGGCUGCCAGACCUGCCCCCACCUCAAUGCAGAGCCCGGCACCUCCUCAGCCCGGGCAGCCAGGGCCCCCCGGGGGCAGCAGACCCAGUCCUGGGCCAGCAGGACGCUUUCCAGACCAGAGACCAGAGGUGGCUCCCAGCGACUCCGGCUAUAUAGGGGCCACUGCCCCACCCCGGGAGGAAAGAAUGGGGGGAGUCGGAACCAGGGAGGACCGAGCAGCCCACCCACCAGGCCCCUAUUCCCAAGUGUCUGCUGCUGCCCCGCAGCCUGCCACGGCCCCUGCCCGCCAGCCCCCACCCCCGGAGGAGGACGAGGAAGAAGCCAACAGCUAUGAUUCGGAUGAAGCAACCACCCUGGGUGCCCUGGAGUUCAGCCUUCUCUACGACCAGGAUAACAGCUCCCUGCACUGCACCAUCAUAAAAGCCAAGGGCCUGAAGCCCAUGGACUCCAACGGCUUGGCCGAUCCCUACGUUAAGCUGCAUCUCCUGCCGGGAGCCAGCAAGUCCAACAAGCUUCGGACAAAAACCCUGCGGAACACCCGGAACCCCAUCUGGAACGAGACGCUCGUCUAUCACGGCAUCACAGACGAGGACAUGCAGAGGAAGACCCUCAGGAUCUCUGUCUGUGAUGAGGACAAAUUUGGCCAUAACGAGUUUAUCGGUGAGACCAGAUUCUCACUCAAGAAACUGAAGCCGAACCAGAGGAAGAACUUCAAUAUCUGUCUAGAGCGGGUGAUCCCGAUGAAGCGUGCGGGGACCACCGGCUCUGCCCGAGGCAUGGCCCUGUAUGAGGAGGAGCAGGUGGAGCGUAUUGGUGACAUAGAGGAACGAGGCAAGAUCCUGGUGUCUCUCAUGUACAGCACACAGCAGGGCGGUCUCAUCGUGGGCAUCAUACGCUGCGUGCACCUGGCCGCCAUGGACGCCAAUGGCUACUCAGAUCCAUUCGUCAAGCUCUGGCUGAAACCAGACAUGGGAAAGAAGGCCAAACACAAGACUCAAAUUAAGAAGAAAACCUUGAACCCCGAAUUUAAUGAGGAGUUCUUCUAUGACAUCAAACACAGUGACCUGGCGAAGAAGUCACUGGACAUCUCAGUCUGGGACUACGACAUCGGCAAGUCCAACGAUUACAUCGGAGGCUGCCAGCUGGGGAUCUCGGCCAAAGGAGAGCGCUUAAAACACUGGUACGAGUGUCUGAAAAACAAGGACAAGAAGAUCGAGCGCUGGCACCAGCUACAGAACGAGAACCACGUGUCGAGCGAUUAG